ACUGAGACUGAGACUGAGACUGAUACGGAGGGGAGCAGAAUUAUUAAGGUAGGGUUUUACUUUUGUAAGAAACCUCUGUUAUUAGCUUACAACUUCUCCAAUGGAUUCCAAGACAAAGCAGAGCCAAAAUCAAGAUGAUACAGUAGCUCCUUCUUCUGUUUUGACUUAUCUCGACCCUCAUUACUGGGACGAAAGAUUUUCAAAGGAGGAACACUAUGAAUGGUUGAAAGAUUACUCCCAUUUCCGUCACUUAAUUCUGGAACACAUUCAACCUAAUUCCUUUGUUCUGGAAUUGGGUUGUGGAAACUCCCAAUUAAGUGAUGAAUUGUAUAGAGAUGGGAUUAAGAAUGUCACGUGCACUGAUUUAUCUCCAAUUGCUGUUGAAAAAGUGCAGAAGAGAUUGUUGUGCAAGGGAUAUAAAGAAAUAAAGGCUAUGGUCGCUGACAUGCUGGACUUGCCUUUUGCGGAUGAAACUUUUGAUGUGGUCAUCGAGAAAGGAACAAUGGAUGUAUUGUUCGUGGACAGUGGUGAUCCGUGGAAACCGAAAGCUGAAACUGUAAAGAAGGUCAAGGCAAUGCUUCAGGGCAUCCAUCGGGUCUUGAAGCCAGAUGGUGUCUUCAUAUCGAUAUCUUUUGGGCAGCCACACUUCAGGCGUCCGUUAUUUGAAACUCUUGAUUUUACAUGGUCAAUGAAAUGGAGCACCUUUGGUGAUGGAUUCCAUUAUUUCUUCUACACCUUGAAGAAGGGGACAAGAUUAUUGAACAGUAAUCAACCUGGUGGUAGUGUACUGAAUGAAAAGGUGGAUUAUCCAUCACUUAGCUUGUUUCAGGAUGAAUUGGAAGGUGAAGAUUACAUAUUCAGGACCAAUCUUGAUGGUAUGGAAGAAAAUUAAGGUGGUUAAGUCAUAAGUGGGUAUGGAAGGGGGUGUUUAAUUGAUAUUGACACUCCACUUAUUUAUAGUGGGGAUGCCAUAAUCAUACUCCUAUGUCUUGUAGCCCCCUUUUAGUGGUUUUUAUUAUAGCUCUCUUUGUUUCAUUAAGUGUGUAAUAUUUUCGUUUUCUAUAUGAGAGCUUUUUGGAAAUAUUGUGUUAAAUUUAAUGGAACAGACAGAGUACUAUUUAAGGGUGAUAGUAGAUUAUGUGAUAAAUUUUUUUGUGUGAGGGUAAUUUGACUCGAACGAACUAAUUGAUUGUUUCUAAUUGAAUUCAUUAAACCUUUUAUCAACCAAAUUGGCUUUUAAUAAAUUUUGUUUUUGACUAGGCUAAUUACACAAUUAAUUCCAUACAAAAGCAAUUACACCAACACAAAAACUUUUAGUUAGAUCCCAUAAGUUGCUUUACAUCAACCAUUGUACUAUACUAUCCUAGGAACU